AUGGGGUUUGGAGGAGAUGAUGUGUUUACGAGAUCUGGUUUCAUAAAUUGGAAAAAAACAAUUGAAGAAUUCAAUGAGCAUGUAGGUGGAGUUGGUAGUGCGCACAAUGAGGCAAGAAUACAGUUUGAGGGUUUCAAGAAUCAAAGACAAAGUGUGGACUCAGAGUGUUCAGAAGUUGCGGCAGUUGUUGGAAUGAAUGCACCUGGAAAUAAUCAAAUGAUUGCCUCAAAAAUUCAAAAGCAAUUGGUGAAUGCUUGUGCAGUUGAGACCACAAAUGUUAUUCUAGCUGAUCUUGGAGAUAGGUGGUUCACUUUACUACUUGAUGAGGCUCGUGACUGUUCAGUGAAAGAGCAAAUGACAGUUGUUAUUAGAUAUGCAUUUCAUGUUGCAACAACUACAGCUGCUUGUUUGAAGGAGGCAAUCGACUCUUUAUUUGCUAAGUAUGAUGUUCUUCAAAAUUUGAUUGAUGAUGGUGAUCGUUCUUCUAAGGGUUUAAGUAGAAUUUUAGUUGAAAGAAUGAAGAGGAACUCGUUCUCUAGAUUUGAUGUACAGAAGUUAGUGCGUCUGGCUCAUUUUUAUAAGGAUGAUUUUUCUUGGAAUGAGCGUAUGUUGGUUGAACAAGAGCUUGAAACAUAUAUUGAUGACGUCAGAUCAGAUGAACGAUUUGAAGACAUUUUAUAUUUGGGAGCUCUUGCAAAGAAAAUGAUUGAAACAAUGAAGAACCGUGUGUUUCCUUUGAUUUAUCGGAUGAUUGAGCUAACCUUACUUCUUCCAAUUGCUACUGCAAUCGUUGAAAGAGUGUUUUCGGCAAUGAAUAUUGUCAAAACAAAUUUGCGAAACAGGAUUGGAGAUGAAUGGAUGAAUGAUAGUUUGGUAGUCUAUAUCGAGAAAGAUGUUUUUAAUACUGUCGACAAUGAGUCAAUUUUACAGCGUUUUCAGAACAUGGAGUCUCGAAGAAUGCAAUUGUCACGUAUUCGUUAG